CAAGUGCCCCAGCCUCCCCUCGGGAAAUGAUCAGUUUAAAAGAAAGAAAAACAGAUUAUGAGUCAACCGGAACAAAUGCUACUUACCAUGGGAAUAAAGGGGAGCAUACUUCUAGAAAAGACACCAUGACAGGUCAGAAUUCUGGAAUCUCUACUUUGUAUAGAAAUUCUUACGGUGCACCUGCUGAAGACAUCAAACACAACCAAGUUUCAACACAGCCGGUCCCACAGGAGCCCACAAGAAAGGAAUACGAACCAUAUCAGCCAUUUCAAAAUUCAUCAAGAAACUAUGAUGAGUCCUUCUUUGAAGAUCAAGUGCAUCAUCGCCCACCUGCCAGCGAGUACAAUAUGCACCUGGGGCUCAAGUCCACUGGCAACUACGUUGAUUUCUAUUCUGCUGCUCGGCCCUAUAGUGAACUCAAUUAUGAAACAAGCCACUAUCCAGCCUCUCCAGAUUCCUGGGUUUGAGUUUUGGGCAAGAAAAAAAGAAGAGGUCCAGGAACUGUGCAUGUGCAUGCAUAUCACAAGACAUUCUUUUCCUGCAAAUUUAGUUUGUUAAAGCCUGUUCCGUAGGAAGGCCCUAAUACUCAAUCUGGAACAAUUAAGGUAUCUUUAGAUGGCUAAAAGAAUGGGAAACUAAGCGCGGGAGUGUUAUUAGAAAGAGUGGGAUGUGUAUCUAUUUCUGUAUCUAUAGAAUCCUAUCUCUUAAAUAUAGAUAUAGAAAUAUACUGGGGGGAGGGCAGCUUUGCAGUUGACCUUUUAAUGUAGAGUUUAAAACAAAUAGUACUGUACACUGAAUGUGGCUGAAGGAAGUUAGGGAAGUUACAACGAAGUGAGUCCAGAGUUAAGCACAAGAAAAUGAACAGUUUACAAACCUUACGGGGGACAGCUUCUCACCCUUUGUUUCCUCUCUUCAUCCAUUGUGAAUUUAGGCUUCAAGUUGCAUUUGGGAAUUUCCUCUGUACAGCAAGAUGUUUCUUGCCUUUUGUUAAUGCAUUGUUGUAAAGUAUUUGAUGUACAUUACAGAUUUAAAAACCAGAGAGAGAGAGAGAGAGAGCAAAGUGCAUUGUGUAUAUUACAUCAAUGCCACAGUGUUUCUUCAUCUGUGGUUCUAAAUAUUGCUUCAAUUACACAACUUUGAAAUAUGUAUGAAUUUCCAGGGGUAGGGGAGGGGUUUUUUUUCUUUUCCUUUUCCUUUUUUUCCUUUUUCCCAGUAUGUUUUAACAGGAGAAAACAAAAACUGAUAUUUAGCAGUAUUGUUCGUUCUGAUAUGUGAAUUUGUUUGUGGCAACUAAAAAAA